AGCAGGCGCGAAACGUCGCAAGGAAGCAGCGAACGACCCUCUCAUUCCCCCCCGACGCCUAUUGAUUGUUACCUCAGGGGCUGCACACUUUCCCUUACUUCCACACCGAACAGCCUAGGCACAUAGCGCAACCAUGGCUGGCCGUUUUGUGAGAGCUUCUAAGUACCGCCACGUCUUUGGCAAGGGCACAAAGAAGGAACAAAGCUAUGACAAUCUCCGCAUCUCGAAGAAUGCGUGGGAUACGAACCUGAUCAAGGCCAACCCCGAGUACAUUGCCGUCAACUGGGAAGCAAGCGGCGGUGGUGCUUUCGCCGUCAUCCCCGUCAAUGAGAAUGGCCGCGCCCCCGAGCUGAUGCCCCUCUUCCGCGGACACACAGCCGCCGUUCUCGACACCGACUGGAGUCCGUUCAACGACCGAUUGAUCUCGUCCGCCUCAGACGACGGCAAGGUCUUCAUCUGGCAAGUCCCAGAGAAUUUCACUCUGCAGACCGAUGGCGAGGAACCUGCCGACGUUUCGCCUGUAGCCAGGCUGAGUGGGCACAUGAGGAAAGUUGGCCAUGUUCUUUUUAACCCCGCUGCGGAGAGCGUCCUUGCCAGUUCCUCUGGUGACUACACCGUGAAGCUUUGGGAUGUCGAAGCUGGUCAGGCCAAGCUCACGCUCAAGCACAACGACAUCGUCCAGUCCCUUUCCUGGAGCGCCGAUGGCUCCCAGCUGGUCACCACAUGCCGAGACAAGAAGCUGCGCGUGUGGGACGUUCGCCAGGAGAAGCCUGCUCAGGAGGUUACCGGUCAUCCUGGCGCGAAGAACAGUCGUGCUGUAUGGAUGGGCGAGACCGGCCGCAUUGCAACUACUGGUUUUUCCCGCAUGAGCGAUCGUCAGCUGGGUCUGUGGGAUCCCCGCAACCCUUCGGAACCGAUCGGUGGCUUCCAGAUCCUCGAUUCCAUCUCUGGUGUGUGCAUGCCCUUCUGGGAUGACGGCACACAGUGCUUGUACCUUGCAGGCAAGGGCGAUGGCAACAUCCGUUACUACGAAUACGAGAACGACAAGUUUGAGUACCUGUCCGAAUACACCUCGCCCAACCCGCAGCGUGGUGUCGCCUUCAUGCCUAAGCGCGGUAUCAACCUUCACGAGAAUGAAGUCUUGCGCUGCUUCAAGACUGUUAAUGACAGCUUCAUCGAGCCCGUCUCCUUCAUCGUACCUCGUCGCGCCGAGAUGUUCCAGAGCGACAUCUUCCCACCUACGAACGGUCUUAAAGCUGGUGUUACCGCCGAUGAAUGGUUUGGCGGUAAGACUGCACUGCCUCCUAAGAUCUCGCUAGAGAGCAUCUACAACGGUGAAGCGCCUGUUGAGGUGGCUUCUGACUACAAGCCGCCCCAGCCUGCGCCAGCUCAGCCCUCGCCUGGCAAGGCCGAGGCGCCCAAGCCUGUACCGGAGCCAACACCUGCCCCUGUUUCCCGUGGCCCACCACUGCAGCUUAAGGAUAACGCAUCUCUGUCUUCGCAAGCUGACAGAUUCGCCGAGAAGGAUGUAGACUCAGACAAGGAGAGUGAUUCUAGCUUCGAGGAGGUAUCCAAGCCAGUGCAGCGCCCAUCCGUCAUUGCCGCAAAGCAGGAAGAGAAGACAAGAGGCCCAGUCAUCGCCAAGGAGCCCGAGCAGCCCAAGUUCACGCCUGCACCAACAUCUGUCCCUGCACAGUCCAAGCCCGCCGCUCCACCGAUCGAGUCUGCGCCUGCACCUCCCGCUUCAUCUAUACCGAGCGCUGGAGGACCAGCUUCAGCUCUCCGCGAUGCCCUCGGCGAUAUCAAGGCCCAGCUCGAGCACCAGAACAAGGUCAUGGCUGAUCAGUCUGACCAAAUCGCGCUACUCAUCCGCGAAGUCACACAACUGAAGACCAAGGCCGGUGCUCAGGCACAAGAUCCAUCAUCCCGCGAGAAGGAUGAGCGCAUCAGGCAGCUGGAGCUUGAGCUCGAGGAGGCCAGGUCGUGAUUUGAGUGCUGACGACCCGUCCACCUGCUCUUGCUGACAGUACCAAGGGUCGAUUUGUUGCAUGUCAGGGAUGAGAUCGCCGGACUCAACCAGCAUUUGCACAUCAAGGGCGUCGUUAACCGGGCGGCGACGGCUGCGUUGAUGGAUCCAAACGUAGAAUCGGAGCGGACAGUUGACAUAUGACGACAGCGUGGGUGGUUUGUGUAAGUGUAUUGUGCGCUUUGUCUUGCCAAAAGCAAGGUGUUUGGGUUAGCGGCAUCUUGCGAAUAUUAUUGCUGUACGUUAUACAUUGAACGUCUUCUUCAUCGAUGUCCGGAGACAAGCCGACAGGGCUGAAGCCCCACAACCGUUGGUGAUCUCCACACAUGGCGCGCACUAAUGCAUGCCAAGUCCAUAGCGUCAUUUCAUCGCGCGGGUUCUUUGAGAGCUGCGGUC